GCCUCUCGCAGGGGAAGUGUCACUUCACCCCUCCUCUUCCUCCACCCCCUCACCCCUGUUGACUCCCCGCUCACCCCGGCCCCGCUCCCGGUGUGUGGAUGCCAGCAGCUGGUAAUGAUGGAGCCCACCGUGGUCACACACCAACCCUCUUUUUUAGGGUCCAGGUUUAAAGAGAAAGAAGACGGAGGCCUCCCUGCAGGAAGUAGCGCUAAUGAGAGAUCAAACGGCGCCCCUUUUGCGAGCGUAGUCGCACUGACGCAACCCGGUCUGGGCGUCACCACGACAACCAUUACCACCAUCACACAGACGGGGGGCACCUGGAGCACUGGCCUGCUCGACGUUGAUGCGGACCCAAGCACAUGUGUCGCCGGCGCUGUGGCGCCGUGCUGUUUGGACCUGAGUCUAGCACAUCAGUACGGCGAGACUCUUUGCUUGCCUCUUCUUCCCGGAUCCACUGUUGCUAUGAGGGUCGCACUCAGGGAGCGGUACAAGAUACAAGGCAACAUAUGUGACGACUGGACCGCCGUAUGUUGCUGCUACUCCCUGGCCCUGUGUCAGAUGGUGCGAGAGAGCAAGCGACGCGCGACGAGGCGGACGUAUCACGUGUCCACCGCGCUGCAGUCCUCCUGACUGGACCCAAAAAGGCCAGGCCGUGACGGGGGAAACUUGGCUACAGUUCACUUACUACUGAUGAGCCACAAGCAGGCAGAAAUGGACAAAAGAAAAUGCUACCCUAUGGAAAUAUCAGGUUCAAAGUCAUGGCCAGUUGUUCUCCCGACAAGAAAAGACUAUUUUUCGCCGUAAGAAGAAGCAACAUCCCUGCAGCAAACACCUGCUCCGUGUGUCGUUCAGAGGUGGGUGGUGCUUCACUUCUGUGUUCAGAUUACGAUUAAGGUACAUCGACAACAUCACAUUUAGAUUGUGACCGCUUCAGUAAGUAAGACGACAUGAAAGCUCAACAAAAAUGAAAGACGGCUUUUUUAUUGUUUAACAGUCGAUCCAACAUUAAAACAUGUCAAGACACUUCCUCUCACCAAUCACUUUUCCGGCUUCAAAAUAAAAGCGCAACGCUAUACAUCCAGUUUAAUUACGUUUAGGGUUUCUCCUUAAUGUAAGGGCUUCAUAUUAGCCGCCACAUGUAACACAAAGCAGUGUAAUAUAUUGUAGCCUCCAGAAGAAAACAACUUUGCACUUUCAUUUAGAAGUCAAGGCGCUAGAGUCUAGGGGAAGGCUGGAGAGUGGCAAAAUCCAAGUUGCUUGAAAUCCAGUGUGAAGUUCCUACAGUCAGCAAUGGUUUGGGGAGCCAUGUCAGCUGCUGGUGUUGGUCCACUUUGUUUCAUCAAGUCCAGAGUCAAUGCAGCUGUGUACCAAGAGAUUUUAGAGCACUGCAUGUUUCCAUCUGUUGAAUAGCUCUAUGGAGAUGAUUUCAUUUUCCUACAUGAUCUGGCACCUGCCCACAGUGCCAAAACCACCAGUAACUGGUGUACUGACCAUGGAAUUACUGUCCUUGAUUGGCCUGCAGACCCCCUGACCUGAACCCCAUAGAGAAUAUGUGGCGUAUAUUGAAGAAGAAGCUGAAAGACACCAGACCCAAUAGUGCAAAUGAGCUAAAGGCAACUAUUGAAGCAUCCUGGGCAUCUAUAACACCUCAGCAAUGCCACAGGCUGAUUGCCUCCAUGCCAUGCCGCAUUGAGGCAGUAAUCCAUGCACAGGGAUUCCCAACCAAAUACUGAGCGCAUUAAUUGAGAUUUUCAAAUGUUUGAUUUUGUUUUGCUGUUAUAAAUCUUUUUUUUUACUUGGUCUGAGGAAAUAAAUAAAUAAAUUUGA